GACCAAGAAGGGCAGGAAGAACUUCUUAGGCUAUUGCAGAGGGCGGAGCUGUCACAGCAACUGUGAGAGAGGACAGAGGGCUCAGCAACCAGACUCACAAGCAAAGCAGACAGCAUUCAACACUUCACACAGGCGGCUUUCUUUAGCACUAAAGGAUUUUGCUUCAGAGACAAAAGAACACGCUAGACAUGGCCUCAGACAUCCACAUGACGAAACCCAUGUGCCUCAUUGAGAACACUGAGGAGCAGCUUGUGGUCAACCAGGAGGCUCUGGGUUAUCUGUCCGCCAUCAAGCAGCCAGUGGUGGUGGUGGCCAUCGUGGGUUUCUACCGCACAGGCAAAUCCUACUUGAUGAACAAGCUGGCUGGGAAGAAUGCAGGCUUCUCUCUGGGCUCCACAGUGCAGUCUCACACCAAGGGCAUCUGGAUGUGGUGUGUGCCUCAUCCCCAGAAACCAGGACACACUCUAGUUCUGCUUGACACUGAGGGCCUUGAAGAUGUUGAGAAGGGAGACAACCAGAAUGACUGCUGGAUCUUUGCCUUGGCGGUCCUCCUCAGCAGCACCUUCAUCUACAACAGCAUAGGAACCAUCAACCAGCAGGCCAUGGACCAGCUGCACUAUGUUACAGAGCUGACUGAUCUUAUCAAGUCAAAGUCAUCACCUGAGGAGAGUGGGGUAGACGACUCGGCUAACUUUGUAGGUUUCUUCCCAAUCUUUGUGUGGGCACUGAGAGAUUUCUCCCUGGAGCUGGAAGCUAAUGGAAAACCUAUCACUGCUGAUGAAUACCUGGAACACUCACUGACCCUGAAAAAAGGAUCGGAUGACAAAAUUAAAAGCUUUAAUGAGCCUCGGCUGUGCAUCAGGAAGUUCUUUCCAAAGAGGAAGUGCUUCGUCUUCGACAGGCCUGCUCAGAGGAAGUAUCUUUCCAAACUAGAGACAAUGAAAGAGGAAGAUCUGAAUGAAGAAUUUGUAGAACAAGUUAGAGAAUUCACCUCAUACAUCUUCAGCUCCUCUGAUGUCAAGACUCUGUCUGGUGGCAUCAUAGUCAAUGGGCCACGUCUACAGAGCCUGGUGCUGACCUAUGUCAACGCCAUCCGCAGUGGAGAACUACCCUGCAUGGAAAAUGCCGUCCUGACUUUGGCCCAGAUAGAGAACUCAGCUGCAGUGCAAAAGGCCAUUGAGCACUAUGAAGAACAGAUGAAUCAUAAGGUCCAGCUGCCCACAGAAUCCCUCCAGGAGCUGCUGGAACUGCAGAGGCCUAUUGAGAGUGAGGCCAUUGAGGUCUUCAUAAAGAAUUCUUUUAAGGAUGUAGACCAAAAGUUCCAGAAGGAAUUAGGGGCCCUGCUGGACGCCAAGCUAGAGGCCUUUAUUAAGAAGAACAUGGACAUGUCAUCAGCUCUUUGCUCAGAUUUGCUGGAGGAUAUUUUUGGACCUCUGGAAAAAGAAGUAAAACAGGGGACAUUUUCUAAACCAGGAGGUUACUACCUCUUUCUUCAAAAGAAGCAAGAGCUGGAGAAAAAGUAUAACCAGAUUCCUGGAAAGGGGCUGCAGGCAGAAAAGAUGUUGAAAAAGUACUUUGACUCCAAGGACGAUGUGGCUGAAACACUUCUAAAGGCGGAUCAGUCACUCACAGAAGCAGCAAAGGAGAUUGAAGUGGAACGAAUAAAGGCAGAAGCUGCUGAAGCUGCCAACAGAGACUUAGAAGAGAAGCAAAAGAAGUAUGAGCUGAUGAUGCAGCAGAAGGAAGAGAGUUACCAGGAGCAUGUGAAGCAGUUGACUUUGAAGAUGCAGCAGGAACGGGAACAGUUAAUAAGAGAACAGGACAAAAUUAUAUCUCUCAAACUUCAGGAACAGAAGCGACUUCUCAAUGAAGGAUUCCAGAAUGAGAGCAGGAAACUUCAUCAAGAGAUCGACAAAAUCAAGAGUAGCAAACCACCUAAGGGCUGCACCAUACUCUGAAGGUCUGAUUUUCAAACUGCUCUGUCGAGCAAUCCUUUAUCAAGGAGUAUGUCGACUGAGAACCUUCAGCGUUUGAAACAACUGCUAUUAAACUCAACUCACAUCAACUCAAAAUCACCUGUAACUCCAGGCUAUGGUCACUGUAUGACCCCUGGGCAAUGUCAGAGGAAGUCUCCCUCUGUGCAGAAUGCAUGUAUGAGCAGAAGCUCUGCCUUCUGUGUUUCAGAGGUCUUCUUGACCUGCACCACCCCCAGGUCACGUAUGUUUCUCCUUUAUAAUCUUCUCUUUUUUUCUUUCCUACAGUAUAGCAUUUACAAUCACAGAGCAAGCAACUUUUAACUAACUUUCAAAAUGAAGUCCUUUUCAUUUCUCUAAGGACUCUGAUUUUUUUCCCUACAGUCCUUCAAAAACUAAACCCCACCUCUACUUUCCCUUUUAUUUCCCUGCUGUGACAUCAUGCCUUGAAGAUUCUCAA